CACACAUGUCUUUACAUUUCAAAUUUCAAAUUUGAAUUUGUACUGUAGCACUAAUCAAACGGCUACAUAAAAUGAAAAAUACUAAUAGAAUAAUGCAACUAAACAAACAGGGUCAUAAUAAUUGUCACAAAGUUCGGAUUUUUUCAAGUUUUUUAACGUUGGAGUGAAAGAAAAAAAAACAGCAACAACAUGGGAGACUCAGGUUGUCUCAUGCAACCGUUUUGUUAUGCUUCUGGAAUUUCCAAUGAAGCCAAUGAGAACAACACAAAUCAUGCACUUGGACAAUCAAUCUCGUUUGGGAGGUUCAUGACAGAGACACUAGCAUGGGAGAAAUGGUCUAGUUUCACUCAAAACCGCUAUGUUGAAGAAGCGGAAAUGUAUUCGAAACCGGGUUCAGUUGCGCAGAAGAAAGCUUUCUUUGAAGCUCAUUACAAGAAACUUGCAGCUCAGAAAGCGGCCGCUGCGUUGCUUGAGCAAGAAGCAAACAAUGCUGCUGCACAAAACAAUGUUACAGAAAAACAGGAAAAUGAUGAAAAGAUCGAUGAAAGUCCAAAGUUUGAAAUUGUUUUUAAGGAAGAACAAGAUACAAAGGUUUUGAGUAAUGAUGUUAAGGAAGAACAAUACACAAAGGUUUGUGAAAGUAACAAGUUAGAAGAAUCUAAAGCACAAAUGGAAAGAGAAGAUGUUUUAAGGAAUUCAAUGAUGGUUGAAUUGCGAAAAAAGAUUGAAAAUGUUGAAACACUUGAGGAGCUAAGUGAAAAGCUAAGUGCAACAACUCCAAUCAUGACACCAAUAUUGAAGCAUGUCUCUAAUGAUCAAGAAAUUUUGGCAUCAACUAGCAAGAAGAAACCACCCUUUAAGUUGUUGAAAGCUAAUAAUGGAACCUCAAAGUUCACAACUACUACACCUGUUAAAUCCACUACUCCUAUUUCUUCCAAAAUAGAUAACUUUGUUACUCCAGCAAUGAGCAGCAACAAACCUUCUUCAUUAAGCAAUGCGGAUAAAAAGAGAUCGACUCCAAAGAAAGUUAAUUUUACACCAAUCAGAGAAUUUAAUCGAUUGACUGCAUCGGUUAUGAGGAGAUUCGAAAGUACAAAAGUUGGUUCUUCUUCUUCUUCUUCUUCCAAGGUUUCGAAAGAUAGCUUGACUCCUCUGAGAACUCCAACCAUGGCUUCCAAAGAGAUGCAAAAGCAUUCUUCAUUGACUCCAUUAACAGAAAAUCGUAGGAACAAAACACCUAUUGAUUCAUCGGCAUCGCGCAACCAUACAUCCGGUCCUAAAUGGCGCUUGCUCUCAGGAGAAAAAAAAAUGAGAUCACCAAUUAUAUCAUCUCCUUUCAGCUUAAGAACAGAAGAAAGGGCUGCAACAAGAAAGAAGAAACUUGAAGAAAAGUUCAAUGCUAAUGAAGUACAAAAAGUGCAGCUCCAUACAAAACUCAAGGCGAAAGCGGGAACUGAGAUUAGAAAACUACGCCAAAGCUUUUGCUUCCAAGCUAGACCGUUACCCGAUUUUUACAAGGAAAGGAAAGCAUCAAAUAUUGAGACAAGAAAGGUUCCACAGACACAUUCUGAACCACCUAAUGUGGGAAGAUAUCUCACUCCAAGUAUGGCAGAGUGCAAAACUUCUCUAACUCCAAACAAAUCUUCGCUGAAAAACAAUAGCACCAAGAAUUUGAUGGGAAAGGGGGGUAGUCAUCAUCAUCCUCAGACUUUAAAUUCAAUGAAGAAUAUUACAACUCAUGAGAAUACAUCACCAAAUAUUCAGCAUAGGAACAAAAAUGGUAGAAUUUACAAAUAAGUACCAUGCUGAGAGCAGAAAGAUCUUGUAUAAAUGUAGCUUCACAGAAAUGAAGCUGUACCACAUUAACUAGGCACCAAAGUUAUAGCAAGCAUUGGCAGCCUCCUAACCCUUUUGUCUUUUUUUCUUUUCUUCAUUUAAGGGUACCUUUCAUUUUGCACCCUCUCAAUAUAUUCAAAUAGCCUUUCCAUUUUGUAAUUUUGAAUGUCCAAAAGAUGAUUUCUAUGUCAUUUGAACAUAUCUUGAGUGA